AAUUCGUAGCAGGAACCCCGGAUCGUGACGAUUUCCAAUUGUUAUCAACCAAACAGAAUAUGCUAAUAGAAAAUAAUAAUAGACAGACAAACAUCAACUCUGUAAUACAGAACCAAAUUAACGAACUUACAGACAGAAUAAACGACUUAAAGACAGCAAAAAAUUCUGAUAAUUCUAUCUCGAAAGAUGAAGAAAUUCUGAAACAACAUAUCAUGAAUAGAAAUAAUUAUGUUAUCAAUCAUUUAGAUAAUUUAGCUCUUUCCGUGGUCUUGGCAAAAAAUAAUAUGAUUAAUCCACUUAUCUUA